AUGUGAACAGUGCAAUUGGAUAAAUUCGUAACUGUUUUCGUAUUUCCGGCGAGCUUAGUCAGAGCAUAGCUAGAGGUGCACACGAAAUCUCUUCAUACUAGUAUGGGUAAACGACAGCUAUCCCACACCUGCACGCUACACCAUAUCUCUCAGAUUGCCGAAUCUGGAUCAGAUCGAAUCAUUGUUAUAGCCAUAAGCACCAAAUAAAUAUGCAGUGAUUACGCAGCGCCCUUCACGAUAUAACCGAUCUUCUGUGUCUCUCUCUCUUUGUCGUUCAAUGUUAGCGCCCUUUGCCGGAGGGGGGGCAUACUGACUAAGUAUUGGGUAUAAAUGCAGAGUUGCAUAGCAGCAACUCAAAACGUACACUCAUGAGCAACACAGCACUAGAUUACCCCGAAUCUUAUCUUAUCUGGAGAUAAAAAAUAUCUGUUUUUGGAAAGUUGGAACUGCAUUAGUUCCAUUUGUCAGAAUGGGGGAAUCAGAAGUGCUGAAACUGAACGACUAUUGCUUCGAGAUGAUAUUGUCUCAGUUGAGUAUGGAAGGACAAAUAAGUUUUGCCCAGACCUGCCAGAGGUUCCGGGGAGUGUUUAUGGGCUGGUCCCGUCGGGAGUUUGCGAGUGUUUGGAUCGUAGGAGAAGUCUUGGCUGUGGAACUGAGGCUGCUGAGCGAGGUGGCUAUGAGUGUGAAAAAGCUUAAUAUCUAUUGCAAUGAUCUAGAUAGUUGCUUUGACUCUCAAUACCCAAAUCGCAGCCGCAAUACUCUAAUCAAAAACUUCUGUAGACUGAUUCAAAGCAUGCGAAAUCUGCAGCUCGUCAAAAUCUGGCAGGGAAAUCGGCACUCGACAUCGAUCAGCAAGCAUGUGCUCCGGAUACUAAAAGACUCAUCCCAACUUAGACAACUACACAUCUGUACUCUCAAACUUGAAACGACGCAAAUUAGAAAGUUUGAGCAGCUUGAGAUCCUCUACAUAGAUGUGAAGCUAACAGCCAGAGAUCUGCUACAGUCCUGCAGAACAAUGACAAGUUUGCAGACUCUACAUCUUACCGAUCAAGUGAGCAGUGCGAGACUCAGGGAAGUCCUGGCACACCUACCCUACCUACGGGACCUGAGCUUCGUGAUUUAUCGCAGUGACUCCAAGCACUCGAAACUAUAUGACUGCUGCCAAGACGCAAGCAGCUCCUUGUCAAUGCUCUUCGAUUUCCUGGCUAGCCAGAGGACCGAGGACCACCUUGCUAUCGCUCAGUGUAAAGGGCCAGAUAUGUGCUGUUCACGAAGCCGAGUCGCUGGCCAGCAUCAAGUCACUGGAGGUCCUUGACUGUAACUUUACUAACCCCGAUUGUGUGCUGCUCCUCACAGGGCUGUCAUCCCUAAGGGCCCUGCGUAUCACGUACCUCCAGCAGAUAGAUAUAUCCUCUGCGUAUCUGUACCUGAUUCGACAGUGCCGCGAGCUGCGCUUCCUGCGCAUCUUCGACUACAACAUCAAUCCGGACUUUGUGAGAAAGGCCUCCGAAGUGUUACAAGAUGUAGAAGCGAAAAAGCCCUUAAAACUUCUUAUCCACGGUCGACACAACUCCUCAACAUUAAGGAGUUCACCUCCAUGGCUGAAGAUAAGAAAAAUAUCAUAUUCCGCUCAUUAACUGCCACUGAACUGUUUACUUUAAUAUGAAAUGAAGUGUUGGAUAUAAUUUUACCGUUUUAGUUUACCGUUCUAUAUAUAAGCGAUAUAUAAAACGGAGCUGUUACAAGAGACACGUAGUGGUUCGGUUAAACGUUUAUUUGAGAGUGAGUAAAGUGGUAUAUACAUUAUGAGCACGAUACAAUACAGUAUUUUAACUGUAGGUAACUGAAGGUUAAACUGAAACACAAUAAAUAUAUACAUACAUAUGUACCUAUUCGCAAAAAAUAAUCAAAAGAAUUUCUCAAAAGAAAAAUGUGAUUAUAUAUGGUAUGUGUAUUUUUGAGAAGAAAAACUCCGACACGUCUGUAUUAGUUUCCCCCGGGAGCUGGUGCCGAAAAAAAGUUAAAAGUAAAAACAUUUCUGAUGAUUGUGGUAGGAGAAUUGGUGGUUGGGGUAACGAUAUUUUCAAUUAUGCGAAACUCCGAAGUGUUAAUGAAAUCUGUCAGAAACAAUUUGGCAUAAUUUUUCACUUAAAGCCGCCAACAAUUUAUAAUUAGAAAAUGCUGCGAGGAGCAACAAAGGAAAAAAUAAAAUAAAUAAAAUGAUUUUACCUGUUGGGCAAA